AUGUAUUAAUUCAUCGCGACACAUCAAAAUGAAGGUCACCACGAGCACUGAGAUUCACCGUCUCCCAUUUACAAGUACGCAGAACAUGCAGGACACACUCUACAGAGGUAGGUCGACACCAGGCAGGCAGCAGCGAGUCGCGAGUAGUAGCCCCGACCCCCAUCCCCCACGGGGGCGUUGAUCACGUCACCCGCCCGUUGCCGCACACCACCACGACCACAGACGUGACGAAUAGCGACAAGAGCAGGACGGUACACGCCAGCUGCCUGGCGUUGAGCCGCCGGAGCCACUUGUCGCCCUCCUGGCUCUCAGGCCCACAGGCAUCCUCACGGCAGCUAGGAGUGGACGGUGACGGGUGGCCCUUGAGGCAAAACCCAUCACGCUUAUCCUGAUCGAAAGAUGGAUAGAUUGACACAAGGCAAGACGACAGUGGUUGGGUUCCGUGCGGUCGGCUCAGCGUCAUUCGUUCCUUACCCAUUUCGAUUCGUCGAGAAACUCCGGAAAGAGCUCGACGAACGUCUGCACCGACACCACGAAAGCACACGGGAUGGUGGAUGCCAGCAUGUGUCCGUGUGUGUGCGCGAGGUGUUCUGACCUUGUUGGACUUGUUCUCCUCAAACGUCCUGAAUGCAGCCAGCCAGCAACAGGGACACAGGCAACACACACUCAGCUCAUGAUCAAUGACGCCAUCCACGCAUGCACAGCCUAACUCACUUGAGUGCGAGUUUCCUCCUGUGUGCAAAGCUGGAGAGAAGGCCGCCGGUCGUCCGCGGCUCUGUGGGGUCGGUCAUGAAGCUGAGCAGACCCGUGAGAAUCGACUCGAUCCUCCAAGACGGAUUCCAACUCUCCUGCACACAUACAGAUGUAGACAGACGUGGACAUCCACACAUGACAUUACACAGGUAGGCCGUACAGGAUGGAAAUCGGACAUCGAAAGGCACAGCUUUGUGUUGAUCUGAAAGCGACCUGAGAGAGAGAUGAACAACCAUCCAACCAUACAUGCCAGCCAACCAGACACACAUCCACACAAACAUGAACAUGAGCCAUUCUGUGGCAGUCUGCGAUCCCGUGUGUGCACCACCGAUGUGACAAUACCAUUGUUGGUGAUCAUGUAGAUUGCAGGGGGGGCGAAGGGGUAAUUCUGGGGGAACACCUGUUCAGGAGUCACGCGUCCCGAGUGAGUGCAGUGCAGCCUCAUGUGUUGUGUAUGUGUGCAUCGUACGAGCUUGCCAUGGUAGACACCGCCAGCGUAUGCCGUAUCCUUCGGCAAGUCGUGGCUGCCACACAGACACACACAGACAAACCAAACGAGGAGAGCAGAUCAAUCAGCAUUGCCGCCAUUCAUGUAUGUGUCCUGUGUGGAUCUUACAGCACGUAGUGCCAGACAAACAUGCUUGAAGGAGAUGGUUUCACCACUAUGUGCGGCACAGGGUCCUUCUCGAGCUGACAGCACACACAGGGCAGGCCUCACCUCGUUACACCAGAGUCGUUGCUCUCGCCACUGCAGCGCUGACCUGAUGCAACUCGCGGUUGAGCCUGCCCACCGCCAUGUUCCUCCUCAAUCGACACUUUCCUUCUCCUCCUUC